UGGGUGAAGGCGGCCGUAUGCGGGGUGUGGGGUGGUGGUAUCGGGUGCGACGGGAUUAGGGCCGUUCCGGAGGACACAGUGGCAGCACUUUCCAGAACACGCUGAAGACCAAUUACGCCCCUAAAAGAGGGGCGUGGUAAUAAACAAGGGCGCGGUCUAUGCCCCUAAACGAGGGGCGUAGUAACAAGGGCGCGGUCCUAAUGAGUUAAUGGAAAGAUGGGCUAUAUAAACGCCCCAUUCUUGGUGUAACGUAGUGCCUAUUUCAAUCGUGUUUACGAAUCACAGUGUGUAACCGGAUGCGGAUGCGAAUAAACCAGCGUGCCAAAAGAGCUGAAUAAGGCUGUAGCUGUGUUUUGAUUGCGUCUCGCACGGCAUUCCUGAGAAGUGAAGCUUUUGUAUUUGAGGAAGAAUAUCACUCUGAUUUAUCAGAUGAUGAAGGGGUGAUUCAAGAUCAACCUGCCUUUACAGGUUUACAGUAUUUCCCCCAAAUAAAUUCAAGUCCUUAUUGCAUAAGGCACGCAUCACUGCUGCUUUGAAGGAAGAUUAUUAUCUUAAGGAAAUGCAAGAAGCUCAACGGAGAGUCACAGGGACUUUUUACUGAGUCUCCCCCUGAACAGUGUUAUAUUCCAACCCCACAACUGUUCAUAGACAUGGUUAAAAAGCAAUGGUCUGGGCCUGCAACCAUGUCAUCUGUACAUGGUUCAGACAAGAGAUAUUAUGCUGUAGCUCCCAAGUUUGCUCAAUUAUUACAAGUUCCCUCAGUGGGCAGUCCUGUAGCAGCUUUCUCCUCUUCCUCUUCAUAUGUGGCAGGGGAUACCUCUGAAGGUCUACAACCAGAGGAUAAAAAAUUGGAAUUUCUUUUCAAAAAGAAUCAUCAAGCUGCAGCAUGGACAAUUCAAUCGGCUUCCUCAGCUUCAUUUUUUAAUCGAACUACCAUCAUUUGGCUUCAACAGUUACAAGCAAGGGUGCCCCCCAGUGAGGUUCCAUCAGGAAUAUUAAUAAAAUCAUUGGUUCCAUCAGGGUAUUAAUAAAAUCAUUGCUGCCACUCAAUUCUCAACUAAUGCAACUUUAAAUUCGGCCAAAUUUGCAUCUAGAGCUUUAGCCUCUACAGUAUCAGCCCGUAGGAUGCUCUGGCUACACAAGUGGCCUGCAGAUCUUAAGGCCAAAUGGCGUUUAGCUGCAGCUCCAUACUCAGCAGAGAAACUAUUUGGUGAGUUACUUGACCCUCUUCUUAUUGAAACUCAGGACAAACAAAAGGUUCUACCUGUCUAAACGCUUUGACAAAAGGACAGAAGGUCCUAUUACAGGAGAGCUUCCUUUCAUUCCUACUCCCAAGGAAGCUCCUCCAGUCAGGGUUACCUUCAAGGAUCAAACCGGCCUUCGGACUGUCAAUCCUUUCGAGAUAGGAACAAGCAAUUCCAGCAGCCCAAGUUGUCCUUUCGCAGCUCUGGCUACUGCCAGUUCCAAAGCCAUAAAUGACUCACUACCAAAUCCUCCCUUAGGAGGUCGCUUGGCCCUCUUCGCGGACAGGUGGGAAAGCUCAACCCCAGAUCUCUGGGUCCUCUCAGUAGCGAAAUUCAGCCUUCCCCUGGAAUUCCUCUCCAAGCCUCCUACCCGCUUCAUUCAAUGUCCAUUUUCCAACAGCGAGUCCAAACGUCAACUGAUGGACCAAGCUGUUCAGCACCUCCUGCAGAUACAUACCAUAGAGGAGGUUCCCCACGAACAGUGGAAACAGGGAUAUUACUCCAUCCUGUUCGUAGUUCCGAAGCAGUUGGGGGGAGGUGGAGAGCGAUUCUGGAUUUAAAAUCCCUCAACUCUUACAUAGUCUAUUGCAGAUUCAAAAUGUGUUCACUAACCUCUAUCCUUCAGGGGAUUUGUCCCAACAAUUUUCUAGUUUCCAUAGAAUUCAUGGAAGCUUACCUUCACAUUGCCAUCCUGCCAAAGCAUCGACAGUACCUCCAUUUCAGUUAUGCAGACAAGCAUCUGCAGUACCGGGUUCUUCCCUUCGGGCUGGCAUCUGCCCCAAGGGUCUUCACAAAGGUCCUGGUGGUCAUGGCAGCCCGCCUAUGGCAAAAGCCAGUAAGGCUCCAGGCUUACCUGGACGAUAUUCUGAUUCAUGCUCACUCUCGAGACCAAGCCUUACAGGACCUGGACCUCACAAUUUGAACCUUGAAUGAUCACAGAUUCCUGGUCAACUACAAGAAGAGCCAGUUAGUGCCAGUCAACAGGAUUGUCUUGUUGGCGCCAUCAUUGAUGCAUGUCAAGGAACUGUCUACCUAUCCUUGGAAUGGCGAUCCGACAUAAGGGACCUGGUGACUCAUAUUCACAAACCCCGUCAGUUCCCUUGGCCACUUUGUCCAAGCUCCUAGGCAAGAUGGUCUCCUGCGUUCAGAUCGUUCCAUGGGCGCACCUUCAUGCCCGCCACUUGCAGUGCUUCCUGCUUCCUUUCCAACGGAAAUGUCGGGCUCACACUAUGUCUAUUGUCAGAGUUCCACUCUCAGUCAGGCAAUCACUACAUUGGUGGACAUCUUCUCUAGACAAAGGGUGUCUCUUCAUGGAUCAAAACAGGCUCAUACUCACUACAGACGCCAGCUCCAUGGCUAGGGAGCUCAUCUCGACUCGCCCGUAGCUCAGGGCUGUUGGUCUGUUUCAGACCUAACCAACCCUGUUAAUUGGCUAGAGCUGAAAGCCAUUCGCCUUGCCCUCACGCAAUUUCAACGGUCUGUUCAAAACCAUCAUGUCCUGGUAUUGACGGACAACAUGGCAGCGAAGGCGCAUGUUAAUCGUCAGGGAGGAACUCACUUGAAGCAUCUCAUGGAAGAAUCCUUUCGCCUAGGCAAGUGGGCCAAGCAAAAUCUCCUCCAUCACAGCGGACCACAUAGCAGGGAUGGAAAACACACAAGCAGAUUUCCUCAGCAGGACCCAGGUGGACAAUGCCGAGUGGCAGAUCCAUCCCGACAUAUUCCACCAGAUAUGCAACAGGUUCGGCAUUCCGGCCAUAGAUCUCUUUGCAACCUGAACACCCAGCUUCCUCGCUUUUUCUCAAGGUUCCCGACACCUGGGGCAGAGGGGGUCAAUGCUCUUCGACUCAACUGGCCACCCAGUCUUCACUACACCUUUCCACCGUUGCCUCUAAUCCAGGCUCUGCUUCGGAAGGUCAUCACCGACAGGACAGAAAUUAUCCUCAUGGUUCCACACUGGUGAUGUCGCACGUGGUUUGCGGACCUGGUCAAUCUCUCCAUAUCUCACCCUUGGAGGAUCCCAUCAGACCAGAUUGUCCUGCGCCAAGGGAGCCUGCUUCAUCCGGAACCUCAGUGGCUCCAACUGACUGCCUGGAACUUGAAAGGGUCCUCCUAAGGCGAGGCAAUUAUUCAGAUAGGGUGAUCCACACUGUACAAGCCUGUAGACAUAGAUCCACAGUUAGGCUCUACAAUAUCACCUGGCUAGCCUUUUAUAGAUGGUGUAGGUCCCACCAGAUUGACCCUCUCUCAGCCUCACCUCCCCAGAUCCUAGAAUUCCUGCAGGAUGGCUUGGACCGUGGUCUGGCCCAUAGCACCCUUCGAAGGCACGUGGUGGCACUGUCUAUGGCCUUGUCCAGUUCCUCUGGACAGCCACUCACUCAACACCCUAUUAUCAAAAAGUUCCUCCGAGGGGCCAGGCUUUUACGGCCCUCCUCAAUUCAUAGAUAUCCUACUUGGGAUUUGCCCAAAAUCCUUAACGCAUUAAUUGAGGCUCUCUUUGAGCCCCUUCACCCUUAAAGUAGCCUUCCUAGUGGCCAUAACAUCAGCUUGUCGCAUAUCGGAGCUGGCAGCCCUUUCUGUUAGAGAAGAUCUCUGUAUCUUCUGGCCGGACACUGUUGUUUUGAGGUUGGAUUCCUCCUUUAUCCCUAAAGUUAAUUCCCUCUUUCACAGGGCUCAGGAGGUUAUUCUGCCUAAUUUUUGUCCAUGGCCUUCUCAUAACUUGGAGCGAAGGUGGCACACCUUAGAUUUGUGGAAGGCUCUAAAAAUUUACAUUAAAAGAACUGUCCUUUUCAGAAAAUCUGAGGCCUUAUUUGUUUCUUUCUUACCACGUUCCCUAGGGUAUAAGGUCUCUUCUGCGACAAUUGAUUGCUGGAUCAGAGCUUGCAUUGCCUUUGUAUAUCAGGCCCAGGUGAUUGCUGUUCCUAGUCGCAUUACUGCCCACUCCACUCGAAGUGCUGCUACCUCAGCAGCCUGGGCAACUCAGGCCUCCCUUGAGGAGGUCUGCAGGGCCCCCAUCUGGUCCACCCCCUCGCCAUUCAUACGACAUUACAAGUUAGAUGUUUUUGCUUCUGCUGAAGCGUCAUUUGGCAGGAGGGUUUUACAACAAGUGCACCACGCAGGGGUCUCCCCAGGCCCUUCGACAUCCCGCCCUUAGGACUGCCAAAACUUUGGUAUGUCCCAUGACUGGAUGAUGUCACACCCUAAUUAAGGAAAUUGGGCAUUGGUCUUACCUUGAAUGCCGAAUUUCUUAAGGGGCGUGACACCCUUUCUUAAGGGUGUCAGAACCUGUACAGUUUGUUUGUUAAUGUUCAAGAAGUUUAUUUUCCAGUUGUUCUGUUGGACCGGUUCUCUAUCUCUGACUGUGGUGGUUCCUGUUGGAGAUCUUUCUUGUGGCCCUUCUUCGCCGAAACUGAGUCUGAAAGGGAGGAGCAAGGGGCGUGGUAAAAAAACUAUGACUCAGCCAGUAGCAGACCCGACUGAAGCAACCGAUGUCUGGACAAUGUCACCCCACCUUAAGAAAUUCGGCAUUCAAGGCAUAGCAGCCUCUUUUGCUGUCAAGCUUUUUAAAGCAUGGAUGCUUGAGAAAGAUGCUAACUCUGUUACCUCUUCUUUAAGAAAGGCUAACUUAGACAAGAGACUACUUGAACUAUUUCCAGCCAACCGGCAGAAUGUGGACCAUUUUGCCAAAUAUUUCACGGAUGCUGGUCUAAAAGAGCUUUCAGACUUCCUUAGAGUCCAGCAGUCAUUGGGGACCCGAAAAGAACUACAAAGAGAACUCCAGGAACGUCUUUCUCAAGAAUGUCCAAUUAAAGAGAUGGUGCUUUAUGUAAAAGAAGAAAUGAAAAGAAAUGAUCUGCCAGAACCAGCAGUGAUUGGACUCCUUUGGACUUGUAUAAUGAAUGCUGUUGAAUGGAACAAGAAAGAAGAACUGGUUGCAGAACAAGCACUUAAGCAUCUAAAGCAAUAUGCACCUUUACUGGCAGUGUUCAGCACACAAGGCCAGUCAGAGUUGAUCCUUCUUCAGAAAGUUCAGGAAUAUUGCUAUGAUAACAUCCACUUUAUGAAAGCCUUUCAGAAGAUUGUGGUGCUCUUUUAUAAAGCUGAUGUUGUAAGUGAAGAAGCCAUUUUGAAAUGGUUCAAAGAGGCACAUCUUUCUAAAGGCAAAAGUGUGUUUCUUGAUCAAAUGAAGAAGUUUGUGGAAUGGCUGCAAAAUGCUGAAGAAGAAUCUGAAUCUGAAGGGGAUGAAAAUCAAGAUGGCUAAAAAAAGCACAAACCAGUCAAGAUUACAGCUGGAUGCUCUUUCAUAAUUUUGUACUAUCCAAGUUUUCUUCCUUUAGUGUCCUAUUGAAACUUUAGGCUAGAUUUUUUUUCUUUGUUAGUUUGUUUAGAAAAAUGAAAUAAAAUAAAUAAAUAAAAAUCAUUAUUAUUGCUAUACAUGAGCCUCUUUUGCCAAGCUGUAUGCCAUGUAGACAAUGGCAUUCAGCAAGGAGACAGUUAGGGAAAUUGUGAUUAAAAGCUUAAGAACUUUUUAUUAGUAUAUUUUCAGGUACUUCAUUUUCUGCCAUAAGGUUUUGUUGUUUUUUUUUAAAUCUCUAUACUUAGCUCAGUAUUUGUUUGUGUAUGUGAGUCAACAUCACUAAGUUUUUUUUUAAUUAAAUGGAUUUUAUAUA